GAGCCAUCUCAUUGGGCAUGCCUUCAACAGCUCCUGACUCCAAAGCCAGAGGGUCAUCAACAUCCCUCUCAAGUCAUCUCCAUAGAUGGAAAGUUUGCUUUUAACAGAGAACUGUGACCUAGGACACAUCUGGAAAUAUAGCUCUCAAGCGUCUUCAAGGAAAGAAGUGAUUAUCCGGAGUGGGAGUUACGGUCAGAAGAAGAGUGGAGCAGAGCCACCAGCCCAGAACAUCACAGCAACACCUACCACACAGACUUUCAACUACAGUCUGAGCAAAAGCCAUUGGAGUGCCUUCAGUCAUCACAAUCCUGUUACGUUCUCCAGGGAUGGAAUUCCCUGCAUCCUCUUCUGGACUAAAAGGAUCACAGUUAAAUUUAAGAAUCAGACCUGGCUAGACCUCACAGAUGAAGCCCCUGGUCAAAACACAACAGUGGACACUGGCAACUCAAACUGCAAUGAAGAAAGUGCCAUGUUAUCUUUAAAGUUUGGUGAUGCUGAAAAUCCCAAGGACAUUGACAUAAGAUUCACCCUAACCAAUUACAACAAGCUGUCCAGCCAGAGCUGGUUUAGUUUACAACGGGUCGAGAUCAUCUUCAACAAUUCGGUGCAAGCAGCUUUUAAUGCAACUGGCAUCUAUGCUCUGUCAAGUUACUCGUACCGCUGCCAACGAGUCAGCAGCCUGCGCAGGAACGAUGCUCUACUGUUGCUGGGCGGCUCCGACGAUGUGACAAGCCUGUGGGAGGUCACGUUUAUUGAUUUCCAGAUCCAAGGCUUCUCCAUCAAGGGGGCACAGUUUGCCCAGGCCCGGGACUGUGGCUCUUCCUUCUCACCUGCUGUUCUCAUUGGCCUGGCCAUGUCCCUGAUUCUGUUGCUGGUGCUGGCCUAUGCCCUGCACAUGCUCAUCUACCUGCGUUAUCUGGACCGUCACUAUGAGUUCAUCACGUCUCCUGUGCACUUCCCUCCUCGAAGCGAGCUAGACACAGGGGAGGAGAAGGAGCUGCUGGGGAGCCAGGGAGCUGAGUGCUAUGAGCUGAGGAGCCAACAGAUCUGCAAAAUCUAUAUUUAGCAGCCUGAAUCUCUGUCUCCUCACCAGGGCCACACCCAGGUCUGAAAGACAUUGUUCUCUUCUGUGUUGUCUGACUUGUGUAUUGUUUGAUUAAAAAAGAAAGAAAA